AUGCACGCCUGCUUUGAGGCGGCAGACCAUGUCCACAAAUGGUUCGAGUUGUCCACGAACGAUUUGCCAACUUUCCAGGCCACAGGCUUCGACGCUGUCGACCUGGCCGUCGCUGGGAAAAGGGGCUUGGGCGCACGCGUCGGCGAGCCAAAACAAGCACAGCACGGCGUUGAGCUGCUCGACACAGCACCAAGACCCCCGGAAAUAGACAACUCCCUAUGCUUGGUUAGCCUGAUUGAUGGUGCUGUCUAUCAAUACAACUCAUAG